AUGGUGGACCUACGCGUUCGUCCAGAUCAAGCGUCGGAUGGCGAUUCUGACGACGACGGUGACAACGACGGUCUCGCUGCGCUUGCGCUCGUGGGGCUCGCUGGGAAUGACAUCCAACGGCCACGAGUCGCACCGGGAAGGGAGCUCGUGGGGCAGAAGAGAAAAAGUAGACGGCGGCGCAGUGAAUUGCGUCGCUUAAGCGCUUCAAGGAAGUUCUACGUGACGAAAAACGCUGGGUUGGCGAGGACAGAUCCCAACCAUUGGUCUCUCAAGAAGGUGGCGAAGAAGUUCAAGUUGAAGUCGCCGAACCCGGUAGUCGUUCUGAGUAAGCAUCUCAAGGCGCGCGGCGUGAAUUCGCGCCCAGUGGCAAAUGGUGGCCAAGAUAACCCCUUGCGGCCGAUUUUACACGAGAUUUUGACAUCACACACAAAGAUGAUGACAGUGGUGACUGAUUUCGUGAAAGAUAACGGGUCAAGAUCAGAAUCGGCCGACGUUGCAUUCCUUCCCGGUGGCGUCACGAGCGA